UUUUCCUUGAAAGUUAUGUAGUCAGUAAGAGUUUUGGUGAGAAAAAGUGUGAUUAUUAAUCUAGCCGACAUGUCGCUUUUCCACGCUAAUGCUGGCCAGGCGGAAAUUAUCCGUAGUGUGCAAAAGGACCAGGAACAUAUCGAGUACAUACGAACAGCGCUAAGUGAGGUUUUGUUAUUGCUGAGCCAACGGCACUGGUUCAAAUAUAAUUCACUGUGUAAGCUGAUAGCGGAAAUCCUUUAUCAUCACUAUGCCAUCCUGAACAAUCUGCAAACGCUCGGGGAAGAGUACACAGGGAUCAUACAGGUGGACGCCAACUAUGUAAUGUUACCGAACAAGGCACUUCAGCUGCUGGCUAUUUUGCUUGAGUACGUUGGCGAGCAUGUUGUUGACCGUGUGCUCACUUACCUGCAGACCGAAAUAGACCGCAGCGAGGAGUUGCUGGAAUCGGUGAAAAACGCACUACACAAACUGAUCGAUACACUCCGUGUGGUGGUACCAUACGUGCGUGGAUUUCAUACCAGCCUGUUCUACAUCAACGGUGGAAAGUACCACAUAUCCAAGCGGUUAACUGGCAUUAACUAUGUUCUUAUACGAAAUUGGCUCAAAGAGGACCAUUCCGUUUACGGUUAUAAGGUAUUAGGGUACGUCACCCUUACCCAGCUUGUGUUAGCCCUUGCCGCCCGUUACCGACAGUAUCGUUCGCAACCGGCCGCGAAAUCCAUUCCGGUACGGUCCACCAGCGGCAAACGUUCGUCUAGUGCUUCGCUGCAAACACGCAACUGUGCCCUUUGCAUGGACACCACGCAAGAUAUCAGCGUAACACAGUGUGGGCAUUUAUUUUGCUGGCAUUGUAUACUGAAUUGGCUUGAUAAGCGACAGAUUUGUCCAAUUUGUCGCGAAACUAUCAAAAAAACACGCGUUGUACGUUUACAAAACUUCUCGGCAGAACUAGAGGUAACGAGCUAGUCAAAUUCAAAAGGUAAAUGUAGGUUUCUAGACAGAGCACCAGGGGUUGUAAAGUUUAGAAUAGAAUUAUGGAUAUAAAGGUGCUGGGUUAAAAACGACAUAUUAAAUUCUAACGGUAUGGUUAGUAAGACAAUUUUUGACAAAAAGGGAUUAAAUAAAUAUGGGAUUUUAUAGAUAAACAAAAAAUUGAACGUAAAAAUUCGUUAACGAACCGUUAAAACAAAACCUUUGUUUUGAAUACAAUGCUGAGACAUGUAUAGUUAAAAACAUAAUCUUUAUUCAUCUCACUCUGUUCAGAACAAU